AAAAAGUGUGAGUCGCGCAGCAUCGAGAAGAAAGUUUGUUUUCUUACCGAGAAAUUUGGAAGAUGGUUCACCCAGGCAGCAAAAGUGGCCCCAAAGACCCUCGCUUGCUUAAAGCUGGACACCCUCCUGCUGUAAAGGCUGGAGGCAAGAGAGUGGCUAAAAAGGGCUUGGAAGAGGCGGGCACUCAUGGAACCCUAGAGAAGGAGACCAAAAGGCCUGACAAAAACAGGUCCGGUGCAAACAGGAUGCAACAAGUGAGUCUUCUUCUGGCAGGAACUCUAGACAAGCUGAGCCACGACUUUCCUGAGACGCCAGUGAGUGUGAGGCACAGCAAGGUGCGACCUGCUGUGGAGAAGCCCCACUCUCCCCGUCUCACCUUCUGCAUCCAGCAGCCAAGGAAGUUCUGAAGAAGGCUACCUUGAUGUUUUGUAACACUUGUACAUGGGCUGCUUCUUCUUUCAGCUAUGUGUGCUUCUAUUAGCUUAAUGGCUGUUGUACAACUUUCUUGUGUGUAAAAUGAAGAUUCUGAUGUUUCUGAUGUUUAAAACGUUGUCUUUUCUGCCACGUUUGUACUGCUUGGCAUGUUAUGCAUUUAAUAAUAAAAACUAGAUUUUGGCA